ACAGCAACCAACACUAACUACCAAAAAUCCUGUUCGUUCGCAACAAGAUUCUCGCUGCCUGGCACGCGCGAUAUCACCGUCGCUCCUUGAUUCCGCUCCGCUCACCAUGAUCUGAACACGCUCCGCCCCACGCCGACUCUCCGCAAUGGCAACGACACUCACUUUGACCAUGGCCGACAAAGGCCGCAGCAACCUCUUCGCUGCACCGCCCGCGCCUGUUGUCCAGCAAGGGCGCGUCAAAGCCUACAAGGACUUCCUCACCCCCGCCUUCCACCGUCGAUUCUGCUCCGCCGCCGGCCUCGCCCUCCUCGUCUGCCUCGCCGACUCCUGGUGGCUGUCCAACUCGAGACAUUUCCUCUGGUCAUGGUUUCCACUCGGGCCCGCGGGCAUUCGCGCCACGCUUCUUUUUCUUCCAUGCCUGAUGGUUUUCAUUGUCCGUCUGGCGAACAUGCAUCUUGGAGCCCGAACCAGCGCGAGCUCAGCUCAAGCUGUCUAUGAGAUGGUGGGCACAAAGGGUUUGGCCAAGACCCUCUCCAUCGUGUUCUGGUACUGGACGAGCGCCUUCAUGUUUGGCGAGAUCUACAUCUGGACGCGAUCGAACGAUGCCGAACUGAGCCUGGUCGACGUUGGCAAAGAGUGGGAACGUCCACAACUGAAUGAGAAUUCAAUAGCCUUGCGUUGUUUGUUUGUCAGCUUGGCCAUUUCUCAGACCUUCCUCCACAUCUGGCGAGACUACGAUCAGGUGCGAAUUGGAGACGAUACCAAACAGCAGGUGUACGAUGUUGCUGCGCUGAAGGAAGUGCUUGGACCGAACGCCAAAUGGCUCCCAGAAGCGCUCUUGCAAAUGGUCGCCCGAACGAGGACCAUCGUGUCAAGAUCCUUCAACCUCACUAUUGUCGCCGUAUGCAUUCUACCUAUCCCGCUGUACUAUGGCCUCCUGCGACGCAUCGCCUGGAGCCUGACCUUCAGCUUUGCUCGAAUUUUCUACUCGCAGCUGCAAUCUGACGACAGACCGACUGGCUUAUCACACCUUGGCCGCCUCACUAGACAGGCCUCCUUCUCUUCCUUCAUGCUCGUCUCACUGUGGGAAGUCUCCAACGCUGCCUUUGAUAUCUUCACCGCUCAACCGCCGCUGAGGAAGGGUCAGGCAUUGACCAGCGAGAUCAAGGAUGCAAGGGGCGUGAUACUUCACAAAAGUAAGGACCCGAAUGGUAGUCUACUGACUGGUCUGAAGAGCAAGCGGGAAACAAAUAAGAGCUUUGCAUUAUGGGAGCUGUAUCUGAUCACCACGCAAUUCGAGAGUCGAAGAAAGACGAUAUACACUGAGGUCGAUCGUGCAGGAGGGAGCACGUGGUCGCAGGUAUGCAACCUCUGCUUGGCCGAGAUUUCGGGAGUACAACAACGCAUUGAAGAGGAAAUUGCUCCAGCAGAGUACAAAAAGAAGCUGCAAGCAGACAAGAUUCACGAAGUGCAGCCGCCAGUCAUGCCAAGGCCCGAGGAUGACACAGCGAUGAAGAGAAUCGCAGAUCGACAGGUCAUACAGGAUGGUAUGCUUGAGACCAGGCAGAAGCCGGACUUUUACAACACGGUCGGCAACCUGGCACGUUCAAUUGGGCAACAACCAGGUGCUCAGAAUCCUAUCCUUCCACGAGCCCAGAGGGCCAUCGAAUGGAGCCGAGAUCGGGUUGUGCCUCAAGAGUAUCAAGAGCGCCUUCGACCCCAACAGCUCGAGAAACAGGCCAGCGGCAAGCUAAUUGAGCUUCUCAAGACUCCCGUAGGCAUUUCCUUUCGCCAGACCUUUGCCAAGAGAGUCAAUUCUGUGGUCUUUGGCGCACCUAUCAGCCAGCAGACGAAUAUCACACAUGCGGCCCAGUCGCUUAGUCAGUUGGCUGUGCUCUCACUGAAAGAAGAUGAUUUCGGUCUGGCACAGAAGGAUAUCGCAACCAUCAUGCGCACAUUCACAUCUGUCAUUACGACGAUCGAGAAGUUCGUCAAAGAAUUGGCACCGCACUGGACAGACGUGGAAUUUCUGGACGCAAGGGAUCGGAACGUGAAAGAGGUCGACGAGCUGCUUGAUGUGCUGAAGAAGGGUCUGGAAGAGAUAUUGCUUGCUUUCGGCGAGUACGCGGAGACACUCCAACUCAGCAGGAAAGAGGUGCGUGAGGCACGGGAGGCGAGUACAAAAGCCUACAAACAUCCUGUUCCUGAGAUAGAGCAAGCCCGAACGACGAAACAGCCUCCGAGACCGCAGGAACAACCUCGAGAACAAAGGCGGGUAGAGCAGCGACCCGAGAUGAGAGAACGGCGGCGACAGCAGCAGCGAUAGACUUUGCUGUUACUCUACAUCCCGUCUUCUCAAAGCGAAAUUACGUAUGAUACCAAUGAAUGUACUUUUCAACACUCCAUUCGAUCUCUGAACCUUGUUA